AUGGCCGCCUGCGGCAGCUCAGUUAAAAUACAGCGGAAGCAGGAGCCAGUCACGGGGCUGCGGGAGGCAGGGCAGGAAGGUGGCGCUGCCGCCGAGCGCCUGGAGCCCGAGCGCCCAUCAUGGCGGCGAGGGCAAUGGCCGCUGUGGAGAGCGAGCACGCCCCCUCCGCACGCACACGCUGCCGUGCCGGGCCUCCGGGACCCGUCACCGGAGCCGCCGCCGCCGCCGCCCGCUCUCCCACCCCCCCUCACGGGCUGCGCCGAGGUGCCGCCAUCUUGUCCCCCGUCCCUCCCCCCCCGUCGAUAUUUACAUAGCGAAAAUCGGCCCGGCCGGCCUGCGGCCUUCACCUCACGCCUGCAGCCUUCGCCUCCUUGCCAGGCCUCACCCCCGCAAGAUGCCCCAGGCCGGCCGCGACACCGACCCGGGGCCCCUCGGCCGUCUCCAGGGCCACCGGGCAACCCUCCCCCAACGCCCGCCCGUUUGCGGAGCGCGCCUCCGCCGCCGCUCGAGGCAGCCGGGCUCCUCCCCGGGCCUAACUGCGGCCUCCUUGGGGCCUGCUCGGCGCCGCGCGCCACACCGCCCGGCCUAGCGCGGAAGGGCGCCACGCGGGCCGCCGACCAGGCCGGGACCAGGCCCCUGCGCGCAGGCUAG